AUGGCGUCGGGCACGGGGCCAGAAGAAGAAAGUGCAGAGGCCACAUCCAGCUGCUGUUUCCGUCUCCCAGGACCGAGGCCAGGUCGAGGCUGCUCGAUGACGGUGGGGCUUGAGGAGAGCCUUACAGCGUUUACCAUGAAUUCUCCCAGCCCCAUCAGCGACUGGGCGACGCAUCUCGCGGGCACGGCUCCCUGCCGGUUCCCACACUUUAGCCGGCCCGCCAGCGAUGCCGCAGCCGCGGAGUCGGCCGCCGUGGCCGUCGAGCACGAGCACGAGCACACUGCCAAGCUGGCCUCGGCCGACGAUGUGGGCGCGGUGCUGCGGACGGCGUGGGCGCUGCUGCUGCGCUGCUACACGGGGCAGGACGACGUCUGCUUCGGCGUGGCGUCGGGCGACGGCCUGCUCGGCGUGGCCCGCUUCCGCCUCGACGAGUGCACGUCGCUGGGCGAGGCGGUGCGGACGAGCAGCGCCGAACUCGCCGGGCAGCAGCCACAGGUUCCUGCGCAGCUUGUCCGCCGGGGCGAUCACGCCCUUUUUGACACGGCCGUGGUGGAGCUGUCCAACUCCACGGCACCGGGUCUGUCCCACACGGACGAGACAUUGGCGUUUCACUCGCACCAAUACAAGCUCCGCCUCGUUGCCAAGCAGAGCCCGGCCGGAAUCGACCUGACUCUCGAGUGGAGCAGCGCGCUCGGCGUGUCCGCGAUCCAGGGCCGACUGGUCGCCAGCACGCUGGGCACAAUCCUGAGCAACAUGCUCAGCAGCCCUCCGGACACCCCCGUCACCAAGAUCGAGUGCCUGAGCCCGGCCAACGUCGACCAAGUCCGUGCAUGGAACGGCAGCGUCUCGGUGCGGCCGCUCGAGCGGUGCGUGCACGACGUGGUCGCCGACCGCGUGCGCGACCGCCCCGGCGCCGAGGCCGUGUGCGCCUGGGACGGCUCGUUCACGUACCGCGAGCUGGAGGCCGCGGCCGCACGCCUGGCCGCACGCCUGGCGCGCCUCGGCGUCGGUCCCGAGGUGCUCGUCCCGCUGUGCUUUGAAAAAUCGAAAUGGACCGUGGUUGCCAUGCUUGCCGUGAUGAAAGCCGGCGGGGCGUUUGUGCCGCUGGACCCGUCGCACCCCGUCGGGCGGCUCCGCGGACUCUGCGAAUCGGUCGGCGCCAGCCUCGUGCUCUGCUCCCCUGGUCUCGCGGCCGUGCUUGCGGCGGUGGUCGACACGGUGCUGGCCGUGGACGACACGGCGUUGAGCGGCACAGAGACGACUGGCAGCAUGCCGGCUGUGGACGAGACGGCGUCGAGCGGCACAGAGACGACUGGCAGCAUGCCGGCUGUGGACGAGACGGCGUCGAGCGGCACAGAGACGGCUGACAGCAUGCCGUCCGUGUCUCCUACCAACGCUGCAUAUGUCAUUUUCACCUCUGGCUCGACCGGCAAGCCCAAGGGCACCGUCAUCGAGCACAGGGCGUUCUGCUCGAGUGCCCGGGCCCACGGCCCCGCGCUGCGCAUCGACGGGACCUGCCGGGUGCUGCAGUUUGCCGCGCACACCUUCGACGCCAGUCUGGUGGAGAUGCUGACGCCGCUGAUGACGGGCGGGUGCAUCUGCGUCCCCGGCGAGCACGAGCGGCUCAACGACCUCGAGGGCGCCAUCGGGCGCAUGCGCGUCGACCACGCCGUGCUGACGCCGUCGUUCGUCGGCUUCCUGACCCCCGCCGCCGUGCCCAGCCUGCGCCGGCUCGUGCUGGCGGGCGAGGCCAUGGCGCCGGCGCACGUCGCCGCCUGGUCGCACAUCGAGCUCGUCAACGGCUACGGCCCGGCCGAGAGCUCCGUCGCCGCCGUCGUCAACUCGCGCGUCGGCCCCGCUUCUGAGCCCAACGACAUCGGGACGCCCUGCGGCGUACGCUGCUGGCUAGUCGACCCAGCCGACCACGACCGCCUGGUGCCGGUGGGCUGCGUGGGAGAGCUGCUGCUCGAGGGCCCGAGCCUGGCCCGCGGCUACCUCAACGACGCCGCCAAGACCGAAGACAGCUUCGUCUUCGACCCGGCGUGGGCGAGGCAGAGCACCGAUGUACACCAACACGGCAGACAUCAACACGGCGGACAUCAACACGGCAGACACGAGGAUCGCCGCCGCCGCUUCUACAAGACGGGCGACCUGGCGCGCUACAACUCGGGCUCCGGCUCGUUCGCCUACGUCGGGCGCAAGGACACGCAGAUCAAGUUCCACGGGCAGCGCAUCGAGCUGGGCGAGAUCGAGCACCACCUGGCCGUCGACGGCAGCGUGCAGCACGCCAUGGUCCUACUCCCGGGGCGGGGCCCCCUGGCGCAACGGCUGAUCGUGGUUCUCUCGCUUGCGGACGCUGUCCCGGCCCCGUCUGCUGCCGGCCGUGACACGGCUGGACAAGCGCCAGGCGCACUGAGGCUGGCCGCGAACCCGACAGCCACGCAGCCCAUGCUGCAGCUGGCCACGAACCCGACAGCCAUGCUGCAGCUGGCCACGAACCCGGCAGCCACGCAGCCCAUGCUGCAGCGCAUCCGGUCGCGGCUCGACGCGCGGCUGCCGGCCUACAUGGUCCCGUCAACGUGGUUGUGCGUCGCAGCCAUGCCCAUGCUGCCGUCACGCAAGAUGGACCGCAAGUCGGUGGCGACGUGGGUCGAGACUGUGCUGAGCGCCGGCGAGUGCCAGCAGCUCGUCAUCGGACAGCACGCCCCUGACACGCACACGGCUGUCCCGACAGCCGACGGCGAUAGCACACCCCUGAGCCUGACCCUGACCGAGAUCGAGACCGAGAACGAGACCCAGACCCAGACCGAGCCCCUGACCCAGACCCUGACCCAGACCGAGACCACGCUCCGCGACAUCUGGAGCCGCGUGCUGAACCUGCCUGCCGACCACAUCAGCGCGGCCGGCCACAGCUUCCUCAGCCUGGGCGGCGACUCCAUCUCGGCCAUGUCGUGCGCAAGCCACGCCAAGAAGGCGCGCCUGGGCCUGGCCGUGCAGGACAUCCUCAAAGCGCCGUCGCUGCGGCAGCUGGCCACCAAGGUCAAGGCCAGGCCGGCGCGGCAAGACAGCGACGAUCCCGACGACGAAGACGAGAUGCUCGACACGCCCUUUGACCUCUCGCCCAUGCAGCAGCUGCACUUCCAGGUGCGCGGCGAGGCGCAGGGCGAGCAGCACUUCAACCAGAGCUUCCGGCUGUGCGUGGCGCGGCCCGUCGACGAGCGCGCCCUGCGAGACGCGCUCGAGGCCGUCGUGCGCCGCCACGCCAUGCUGCGCGCGCGUUUCCGGCCCGGCCCCCGCACCGGGGAGUGGCAGCAGCUCGUCACGGCCGACGCGGCCGCGUCGUUCCGCCUCCGCUCGCACGGCGUGCUGCCGGCUGCCGCGGCCGAGGCGGCGCUGGCUAGUGCGCAGGGCUGUCUGGACGUGCGGCGCGGCCCGCUCGUCGCGGCAGAGCUUUUCAAAGCCGAAAACAGCGGCACGCAGCAACUCUUCCUGACGGCGCACCACCUCGUCAUCGACCUGGUGUCGUGGCGCGUCGUGCUCGAGGAGCUGGAAGAACUCCUCGACGCCAGCACCAACGACAACCACCAGCCCACCGCACACCGCUCCAUGCCCUUCCGGCGCUGGGUAGCCCUGCAAGCCGCCGACGCGCAGUCCCACGCCCCUUCCCAGGCCCUCCCGCCCGCCUCCCAGAUCCCCACCGCCGACCUCGCGUACUGGGACAUGGCCAACGGGCGCCCGAACCUGUACGGCGCCGUGGCGGGGGCGGGCUUCGAGCUCGACGCCGCCACGACGGCGACGCUCGUCACAGAAUGCCACGCUCCGCUGCGCACCGAGACAGUCGACAUCCUGCUCGCGGCACUGGCCUGGUCGUUCGCCUCUGCCUUUCCCGACCGCGCGCCGCCGGCCAUCUUCAACGAGGGCCACGGCCGCGAGCCGCCUCUCACCAGUGACAACGAUUUAGGAAACGAAAUCGACAUUGCGCGCACCGGUGACACCAGUGACACCGAUUUAGAAAACGAAAUCGACAUUGCGCGCACCGUCGGCUGGUUCACGACGCUGUUCCCCAUCGCGCUCACCGACGACGCCACGUCGUUCGCCGACGCGCUGGCCCAGACCAAAGACGCGCGGCGGCGCGCGCCACGCAACGGCCGCGCGUACUUUGCCGCACGCUUCCACAGCCCAGAGGGCCGCGCCACGUGGGCAGCCGCGCACGAGACCAUGGAGGUCUCGUUCAACUUCCUAGGCCGGUACCAGCAGCUGGAGCGGGCGGGCGCGCUGCUGCGGGCGGCGCCGCACGCGGCCAUGGCGGGCGAGGCUGCCGGCAGCACGAGCGGCGGGGCGGCCGACUGCGGGCCGGGCGCGGCGCGGUUCGCGCUCGUCGAGGUGUCGGCGGUGGUCGUGGCCGGCGGCGCGCUGCGGGUGAGCUUCGCGUGGAAUCGCAGCAUGCGCCACCAGGACCGGCUGCGGGACUGGGUGGCGACGUGUCAGGGCGUGUUGCGGCGCGAGGCCGUGGGGAUGUUGCCGGGGAUGCCGAGACGGGCGACGGCCGGCGAUUUCUCGCUGCUGCCGGGGCUGGCGGCGGCCGAGCUGCAAGUGUUUGCGCGCAGCCGUUUGCCCGAGAUGGUGGGUGCUGGCCGGGGCUGGGACGCCGUCGAGGACGUCUACCCGGCGUCGCCGAUCCAGCAGGGCUUGCUGCUCAGCAGAACGAAAGACGGCGCCGUGUAUGCUGUGCGCCGUGAGUUCUGGGUAAGGCAUCGUGGUGGUGAUGGUGGUGGUGGUGAUGGUGGUGGUGUUGAUGGUGGUGAUGGUGGUGGUGAUGAUGGUGGUGGUGAUGGUGGUGGUGAUGGUGGUGGUGAUGGUGGUGGUGAUGGUGGUGGUGAUGGUGGUGGUGGUGAUGAUGACGGUGAGAUGGAAAAGGGGGUCGACGCUGCCCGGCUCGUGCGCGCGUGGAGGGCUGUCGUGCGCCGCCACGCGCUGCUGCGCACCGUGUUCGUCGACGCCCUCGCCGCCGUGCGCACCGGCAGCCACGACCAAGUCGUACUAGCAGACGUCGAGCCCGAGGUCGUGGUGCAGCGGUGCCCACGCCCAGGCACGGAUGCUAACAGAAACGGCGGUGAAGACGAGAUGCGCCGGCUGGCGGAUGCUCUGCAGCCGAUGAAAUACCGCGACGGCGCGCCGCAGCACCGGCUGGCCGUGUUCCACAGCGACAGCGACGGCAGCAGCAACGCCGUGUUGUGCGUGCUGGAGCUAAGCCACGCCAUCGUGGACGGCGCAUCCAUGGACAUUCUAGUCCGCGAUCUCGCGCGCAGCUACGAGCGCGGCGACGACUUCGACAACCUGCCGCGCCCCCUAUUCAGCCCGUUCCUCGCUAGGCUGCAGCAGCGCAGCGCUGAGCGCGACCUGGCCUUCUGGACCACCCACCUCGCCGGCCUCGAGCCGUGCCACUUCCCCGUGCUCAACGACGGCGCCAGCGCCACCGCCAGCACCACCGCCAGCACUAGCACCGCUACUACUACCACCCCCUCCUCCUCAGCCCGUCAACUCCGCUCGCUGCGCGUCGACCUCCCACACCUCCCGUCACUGCGCGCGGCGUGCGACGCCGGCGGCAUCACGCUGCCUAGCGCGUUCCACACCGCGUGGGCACUGACGCUGGGCGCCUACACGGGCGCCGUCGACGUGUGCUUCGGCUAUCUCGUGUCGGGGCGCGACGAGGCCUCCGCGGACGCCGUUGGGCCGUUCAUCAACAUGGUCACGCAGCGGGCGCGGCUCGACCCGACGCUGGCCCUCCGCCAGGUCCUCGAGGCCGUGCAGCGCGACCAGCUCGCCUGCACGCCGGCCGCGCAGACGGCCGCGCUCGCCGAGGUGCAGCACGCGCUCGGCGUGCCCGGCGGCAUGGCGCUGUUCAACACGUGUCUGUCGUACCGCCGCCGCCGCCCGACGCCGGGGGAGGCCCCCGGCCGGCUGCUGUGCGAAGACGCCGCGCCCGUCCGCGACCCCACCGAGUAUCCGCUGUCGGUCAACAUCGAGACGGACGACCUGCAGGGUGGCGCAGCCGUCGACGUCGACUUCUGGACCGACGCCAUCGCCCCGGCACAGGCCGAGCACGUCGCGGCCACGUUCGCGCACGCGCUGCGCAACAUCGCCAGACACGCGGACACGCUGCUCGCGGACCUCGACGGCGUCCCCGAGGCGAGCACGCAGCGCAUCUGGGAGUGGAACGCGCACAUGCCGGCCGCCGCGGCGCAGGUCGUGCACGGCGCGGUGGCGACGCAGGUGGCCCGCCGGCCGUCGGCGCAGGCCGUCCGGGGCUGGGACCGCGACCUUACCUACGCCGAGCUGGACGCGCAUGCGGACCUGCUCGCGCAGCACCUGGGCGGCCUGGGCGUGCGCGCCGAGGUGCUCGUGCCCGUGUGUCUCGACAAGUCGGCGUGGACCGUCGUGGCCAUGCUGGCUGUGCUCAAGGCCGGCGGCGCUGUUGUGCCGCUCGACGCUGGACACCCCGCCCACGCCCUCGCGGACAAGGUCGCCGACGCCCGCGCGCACGUCGUGGUGGCGUCCGAGGCCCGCGCGGAGCUGUUCGUGGACAUGGCUGCGGUGCGUUCGGUCGUGGCUGUCGGCCCGGGGUUGCUGGCGCGGCUGGCGGCUGGCCACGAGGCAGUGCCCGUGUCAGACGGCACAGUGCCCGUGGCAGUGCCCGUGUCAGAUAGCGCAGUGCCCGAGUCAGAUGGCGCAGUGCCCGUAUCAGAUGGCACAGUGCCCGUGUCAGAUAGCGCAGUGCCCGUGCCAGAUAGCACAGCCGGCGCCACCCCCGACAACGCCGCCUUCGUCAUGUUCACGUCGGGCAGCACCGGGAAGCCCAAGGGCGUGGUGCUCACCCACAGCGCACUGGUAACGAGCGCGCUGGCGCACGGGGCAGCGCUGCAGCUCGGCGCGCACACGCGGUUCCUGCAGUUCGCGGCGCACACGUUCGACAACAGCCUGGAGGAGAUGUUUACGACGCUGAUGCACGGCGGGUGCGUGUGCGUGCCCAGCGACGCAGACCGUCUGGGCGACCUGCCGGGCGCCAUCGCGGCGCUCGGCGCCAACUUCAUGGACCUGACCCCCACCGUGGCCGCGCUGCUGCGGCCAGCACAGGUGCCGAGCAUCCGCGGGCUGGCCGUCGGCGGCGAGGCGUUGACGCAGGAGGUACUCGACGCGUGGGGCGGCCAGGUGCCGCUGCACAACCAGUACGGGCCCAGCGAGUGCUCCGUCAACGCCGCGCACCGGCUGCACGCCGACGCCGCCGGCGACGUGGCCGACAUCGGGACGAGCGUCGGCAGCGUGUCGUGGGUGGUGGACCCAAGAGACCACAACCGCCUCGUGCCUGUCGGCUGCGUCGGCGAGCUGCUCAUCGAGGGCCCCAUCCUGGCGCGCGGCUACCUGGGCAUGGCGGCCGAGACGGCGGCGGCGUUCGUCGAGAUGCCGCGGUGGGCGGCGCGGGACCCGCGGCACGCCGAGAGGGGGGCCCGCAGGAUGUACAAGACGGGCGACCUGGUCCGGUACGGCUCGGACGGCUCGCUGGCAUAUCUCGGCCGCAAGGACACGCAGGUCAAGCUGCACGGCCAGCGCAUCGAGCUGGGCGAGAUCGAGCACCAUGCCAGGACGGCACUGCCGGCGCACGCUCAGUGCUCGGUCGAGCUGGUGUCGCUGGGUGGCGCAGAGAAGGCGCUGGCCGUGUUUGUUUACAUUGCCCCUGACGCUAAUUCUGGCGUCGACAAGGCAACGGACAAAGCCAAUGAUGACGACAAGGGAAGCAACAAUAAAAAAAGAAGGGGGGACAAUGAAAAAGGAAGGGACGGCAAUAAAAGAGGAAGGGACGACAAUAAAAGAGAAAGGGGCGACAAUAAAAAAGAAAGGGACGACAAUAAAAAAGAAAGGGGCGACAAUGAAAGAGAAAGGGACGACAAUAUUCGGAUCCUGCCCAUGGACACAACGUUCGGGUCUCUUGCCCAGGCUGUCAUCGGCACCGCAGCUGCGCGGGUACCCUCCUACAUGGUGCCGAGCCUGGUGCUGCCCGUGUCAGCAAUGCCCCUGACGUCGUCGGGCAAGCUGGACCGCAGGCGGCUGCGCAACCUAGCCGAGGCGCUGUCAGCGGGUGACAAUGAUAGCAGCAACAGCAGCAACAGCAACAGCAACAGCAACAGCAACAGCAACAGCAACAGCAACAGCAACAACACCAACAGCAACAACACCAACAGCAACAACACCAACAGCAACAACACCAACAGCAACAACACCAACAGCAACAACACCAACAGCAACACCACCAUUAGAGUCUACCGCAUCGGGGCGAGCACUGCCGGCGGCCGCGCCCCAGAAACCGACAUGGAAAAGAGCCUACAGGAGCUGUGGGCGUCGGUGCUGCAUGUACCGGCCGCGGCCAUCGGUGCCGACGACAGCUUCUUCCGCCACGGCGGCGACUCAGUCGGGGCCAUGCGGCUCGCGGCCGCGGCCCGGCAGCAGGGCAUCUCGCUGGCCGUCGCCGCCAUUCUGCAGACGCCCAGGCUGAGCGAGAUGGCCAAGGCGGCUGCUGCCAUCGGCCAGGGGGCGAGUCGGGGGGUGAGCGAGAUGGCCAAGGCGGCUGCUGCCACCGAUCAGGGGGCGAGUCGGGGGGCGAGUCGGGGGGCGAGUCGGGGGGCGAGUCAGGGGGUCAACGGGGAUAGUGUCGCCCUCGACACGGCACUCUCCAGUCCCGCCCCCUUUUCACUCCUCAAAAACACAACCACCAUGAACCUGCACCAACUCCGAGACCACGUGGCGUCCAUCUGCCGCGUCGGCAGCGCGUCUAUCGAGGACAUGUACCCGUGCACGGCGCUGCAGGCCGGGCUCGUCGCUGCCUCACAGCGCAACCCGGCGGCGUACGUGGCCGUCAACGCGUACCAGCUGCCGCCCGGGACCGACGUAUCCCGCUUCCAAGCCGCGUGGCAGGCCGUGUUCGACGCCGAACCCAUCCUGCGCACGCGCGUCGCGUUCGUGCAGGGCCUGGGCCCUGUGCAGGUCGUCGUGCGCUCCGCCGUCGAGUGGGCGACGGCUGCCGGCGUCGACACGCUGCCCGCAACGCACCGCCACCUGCCGCCCCACGACGGCGGGAUCCUGUCGCGCUACACCAUGGUCGAUGCCCACGGCAGCCGGCCGACGUUCGUCUGGACCGCCCACCACGCGCUGUACGACGGCUGGAGCCUGCCGGCGCUGCUCGCGCGCGUCGACGCCCGGUACCGCCAGCCCGACGCUCUCCCAGUCCCGACGCCGAGGUACGCCCGCUUCGUCGCGUACCUGGCCGCCGCGGACCCGGCUGCGUCCGACGCCUUCUGGGCCGCCAAGCUGGCCGGCCUGCGAGGCGCGCAGCCGUUCCCGCGGCUGCCGCGGCCGGGCUACCGCGUGCAGGCGACCCAGCAGGCGCGCCGGUCCGUCGCCUUCGCGCGGCCACGCGCCGUCGACGUCACGCCCGCGUCGUACGUGCGCGCGGCGUGGGCGCUGACUCUGGCGGGCUUCGCCGCGUCCGACGACGUCGUGUUCGGCGAGGUCCUCAACGGCCGCGACGUGCCCGUGCCCGGCAUCGGCGAGCUCGUCGGGCCGACGCUGGCCUCGGUGCCGCGCCGGGUGAGGGUCGACCGGGGAAUGGGCGUCGGCCAGGCGCUGGCCGACGUGCAGACCCAGCUGAGCGAUGCCAUGACGUACCAGUUCGCCGGCCUGCAGCGCAUCCGCACGCUCAGCGCCGACGCGGCGGCCGCCUGUGAUUUCCAGACCUUGCUGGUACUAGACUCGGCCGAGGCCGACGAGGAGCGUGGCAGCGGACUCUGGGGCAGCUUGGUGGCUGGCGGCUCGGUGCAGGGCGCCGACUUCUUCAGCUAUCCCCUCAACGUCGCGUGCACGCUGGGCCGCGGGAAGGUGGACGUGCUCGCCCACUUCGACGACGCCGUGGUGUCGGAGGGGCUGGUAGCGCGGAUGCUGGGGCAGUUUGAGAGAGUACUCGCAGAGCUCACGACACCAGACGCCAAGACGCAGCGGGCAAGUGUUGGUAACCUCACCAUGCUCGCCUCGGACGACAAGGCGGCUUUGGACGAGUGGAAUGGCCGAAUGAUCACGGAAGAGCAGGCCGGAGAGAUGAAAGAGACGAUCCAGACAAUCGUCAACAACACAGGCGACAAGACCCAGACACCGGACCGUGCCCACGUGUCCAUGGCCGACAGGCUCGCGGGCGUCUGGGCGCAGGCGCUAAACCUCCCGGCCGACCGCAUCGGCGACGCGUCGUUCCUGCGCCUCGGCGGCGACAGCAUCACGGCGAUGCACGUCAUGGCGGCGUGCCGGUCGCAGGGUGUCGCGGUGGCCGUCAAGGACAUCAUCGGCAGCAAGUCGGUGCGCGACCUGGCGCUCAGGGCCAGCAGCCCCCGCGGGGACGAGCAGCGGCUGGCGCGCCCGCAUCCUGCCGAAGACCACCACGAGUUCGACCUCUCGCCCAUCCAGCAGCUGCACGUCCAGCUCGCCGCCCCCAGCCCCAAGACGCCGCACUCGCACUUCAACCAGAGCGUGCUGCUGCGCCUCGCCAAACCCGCCACCCCCCGGCAACUCGAGCGCGGCAUCCACGCGCUGGUCGAGGCGCACUCGAUGCUGCGCGCGCGGUUCCGGCGUGACGGCACGGGCAGCUGGCGGCAGCGCAUCACGCGCGACGUGCGGGCGUCGUACCGCUUCAGGACGCACGCGCUCGCCAGCGCCGACCGCAUGCAGAAGCGCAUCGACGCGUCGCAGCGCGCGCUGGACACGCACAAGGGCCCGUUGCUGGCCGCCGACUGGUUCGCCAUCGGGGACGGCGACGGCGAGACGGUCUGUGUCUUCAUCACGGCCCACCACCUCGUCGUCGACGUCGUGUCGUGGGGCAUCCUGCUGCAGGACCUCGAGCACUUUCUGGCCGCCGGCAGGAUCCAGCCGCCAGCAUCGCUGCCCUUCCAGGCGUGGACGCGCCGGCAGUCGGAGCAGGCGCAGGCGCAGCCCAGCGGGUCCGGCCUCCUGCCGCACCACGAGGCCGCCGCGGCUGCGCUCGCAGACCUCGACUUCUGGGGCAUGGCCGGCCAGCCCAACGUGUACGGCGACGUCGCGCCGCCCGCCGCCGCCGCGCUCGACGGCGACCUGACGGCCCUGCUGCUGGCGCCCGCAACCCACGCCGCGCUGAAGACCGACGUCCUCGACGUACUCCUCGCGUCGCUCCUGCUGUCCUACCGCGCGGCUCUGCCACCCCGCGCCGGCGCGCCGACCAUCUUCAACGAAGGCCACGGGCGCGAGGACGGCAGCGGCGACGAAACAGACCUGUCGCGCACCGUCGGGUGGUUCACCACACUCAGCCCCGUGCACCUGCCCAGCGAGUCGGCCGGCGACGGCGACGUGGUCAACGCGGUGCGCUGGGUGCGCGACCUGCGGCGGCGCCUGCCCGGGAGCGGCACGCCGUACUUUGCGUACCGGCUGCUGACGGCCCAGGGCAGAGACCAGUUCGGCCCGGCGGGGCCCGCAGAGGUCGUGUUUAACUUUCUGGGCGCGCUGCAGCUGCUGCGCCGGACGGAUACGUUCCUGCAGGCGUACGACGGCGGCGAUGACGGCGGCAAUGGCGGCGGCAAUGGCGGCGGCAAUGACGGCGGCAAUGACGGCGGCAAUGACGGCGGCGAUGGAGGGCAGCUCGACUGGGCUGCGUCAGACAUUGGCGCCGCCGUGGCGCGCUUUGCGCUGGUCGAGGUGUCGGCCGUCAUCGUCGGCGGCGGCGGCGGCGGUGGCGGCGGCGGCAAACUGGAGAUUUCUGUCGCAUACAACCGGCGCAUGAAGCACCAGGACGCGCUCGCGGGGUGGGCAGGCAGCUGCGUAAGAAUUCUAGGCGACGCCGUGCGCCGGCUGGCCGAGCAUUCGCAGCCACGCACACGCAGCACGCCCGAGACAACGCUGGGCGCGUUCCCGCUGCUGCCGCUGGCGUACUACGGGCUGGCCGACCUCGGCCGCCGGCUGCGGCUCCAGCUCGGCGUCGCGCUGGCCGACGUGCAGGACGUGUACCCGUGCUCGCCCGUGCAGCGCGGGCUGCUGCUGGCGUGGAUGCGCGACCCGGCCAAGUACGCGUACUGCGCCGUCUUCCAGGUCCGCUCUCGAGACGGGGGUCUCGACGUGCAGCGGCUGGCAGGCGCGUGGCAGGCGGCCGUGCGGCGGCACUCGGCGCUGCGCACCGUGUUUGUCGACACGGCUGCCGGGGACGGCCUGAUGGACCAGGUGGUGCUGCGGCGGGCUCCGGGACGCGUCGUCACGCUGCCGUGUUCCGGGGCCGGCAGCGAGCAGGACGCGCUCGACGCGCUGCGCGGCCUCGAGCCGCUCGACUACGGCGACAAGAAGCCGCCGCACCGCCUCGCCGUGUGUGCCACCGCCGCGGGCCACGUCUACUGCCGCCUCGAGAUCAGCCACGCCGUCUGCGACGGCUCGUCGCUGCCCAUCCUGCUAGCCGACGUAGCCGAGGCCUACGGCGGGGCCGUGCCCACCACCCCCGCCCCGCUGUACGGCGACUACGUGGCCUACGUGCAGAAGCAGCCCCGCGGCGAGAGCGUCGGCUACUGGCGCGAGUACCUGGCCGGCGCCGAGCCGUGUCUGUUCCCGACGCUGACCGACGGCCAGGACGCGGCCGAGAAGUCCUUCGGCUCGCACGCCAUCACCCUCCAAAACGUCGCCGCCAUGGCCGCCUUCUGCGCCGACGCCGGCGUCACGCCAUGCACGCUGCUGCAGUUCGCGUGGGCGCUGGUCGUGCGCGCGUACGCGGGCGCCGACGACGUGCUGUUCGGCUUCGUGGCCUCGGGCCGCGACGUGCCGGUCCCGAACGUCGGCCAGGCCGUCGGCGCCUUCAUCAACAUGCUCGUGUGCCGGCUGCACCUGCCGGCGGGUGCCGACGUCGCUGAUGCGCUAGAUGCGCUGCGCGCCGACCUCGACGCCGCGCUUGCCCACCAGCGCUGCUCCCUCGCCGAGAUGCAGCACGAAGUGCGCCUGCCCGGCCACGGCAACGCCGCCCCGCUGUUCAACACGGCGUUUACGUACCAGCGGCGCGCUGGGACUGCUCGAGACAAGCAGCAGCCGCUGGAGUACCGCGUCGUGACCGCCGACGACCCCAGCGAGUACGCCAUCGCCGUCAACGUCGAGGCGGCCGACGACGCCGUCGAGGUGCACUUCAGCCACUGGCGGCACGCGGUGUCGGACGCGCAGAUGCGCAACAUCGCCGCCGCGUUCGCGCAGGCGCUGCACGAUGUGGUUGCUGGGCCCGAGGACCGCACUGUCGGCGAGCUGGACCUCGUCGGCAGUACCGGCAUCGACCAGCUGCGCGCGUGGAACGACGUCGAGAUGCCAAGCGUCGAGCGCUGCAUCCACGACGUCAUCGCCGAGCACGCGUCCGACAGGCCCGCCGUGUGCGCCUGGGACGGGGAGUUCACGUACGGCGAGCUCGACGCUGCGGCCGCCGCCCUGGCUGGCCAUCUGGUUGCCUGUGGGGCAGGCCCCGAGGUUUUCGUGCCGCUGUGCUUUGACAAGUCGGCGUGGACCGUCGUCGCGCAGCUGGCUGUGCUCAAGGCCGGCGGCGCUUUUGUCAGUCUCGACCCCGCCCACCCCGACGCGCGGCUGCGGCAGCUGGUGGAUGACGUCGGUGCUAGUGUGGUCCUCUGUUCGCCUGCUCAUCGGGACAGGAUGGGUAGGAUUGCAAGCCGCACCGUGGUGGUUGACGCCGAGUUCGUGGCGCGCCUGGCGCGCGUUGCCCCUGACGACGGCGCAGCCCCUGAUUUUGACAACACCCCCCCUGGCGCCCCGUCUCCCGGCACUCCGGCCACGCCGUCCAACACCCCCCCUGGCGUCCCGUCUCCCAGCACUCCGGCCACGCCGUCCAACGCAGCCUACGUCAUCUUUACGUCGGGCACGACGGGCCGCCCCAAGGGCACCGUCGUCGAGCACGGGUCGUUCUGCACCGGCGCCACCGCGCACGCGGCAGCCAUGUUCAUGCACUCGCAGUCGCGCGUGCUGCAGUUCGCCUCGUACACGUUUGACGCGAGCAUCAUGGAGACACUCUCGUGCCUGCUGGUCGGCGGGUGCGUGUGCAUCCCGUCCGACUCCGCCCGGCUGGACGUGGCAGCCGCCGUCCGCAGCCUGGGCGUCACCUGGGCGCUCCUGACGCCCUCCGUUGCCAGCACCGUCAAGCCCGACAGCGUGCCGUGCCUGCAGACGCUCGUGGCCGGCGGCGAGGCUAUGGCGCCCGGCCACGUCGCGCGCUGGAGAGACAGGUGCGCGCUGGUCAACGCGUACGGGCCGACCGAGUGCGCCGUCGUCGCCACCACGCACACCAAGGUCGACUGCACCCGCCGCGUGCGCAGUACCGACGCCGCCACCAUCGGCACCGCCGUGGGCGGCCGCGUGUGGGUCGUCGACCCCGACGACCACAACCGCCUCGUGCCUGCCGGCGCGCUCGGCGAGCUGGCCGUCGAGGGCCGCCUCGUCGCGCGCGGCUACCUCAACAAUGACGAGCAGACGGCGCGCGCGUUUGUGGACGACCCGCCCGCCUGGACGCGCCACCCUGCCUGGGCGCGCGACAUGUGGACCGACCCCAAGCUGCGCAGGAUGUACCUGACGGGCGAUCUCGUGCGGUACAACGCCGACGGGUCCGUCGCGUACGUCGCGCGCAAGGACACGCAGAUCAAGCUCAACGGGCGCCGCGUCGAGCCGGGCGAGAUCGAGGCUGCGUGCCGCGGUGCGCUGGGCGACGAUGGCCAGGCUGCCGUCGAGGUGGUCAUGCCCCCGCAGAACCGCGGCGCCACGACGGCGCUGGCGGUCUUCUUCUGUCUGCCGCAGGUCGAUGACGCUACGACAACUGCGGCUGCGACGGCCAAGACGUUCUCUCUCCUGCCCCCGAGCAGUAGUGCAGGACGCACGGUUGCCAUCUCGCUAGAAGCGCAUCUCAAGACCGUGCUGCCGGCGUACAUGGUGCCGCAGCUAUUCGUGCCCGUGUCGGCCAUGCCGUGGACGACCGCCGGCAAGCUCGACCGCCGGCGGCUGCGCCAGGCCGUGCAGGACGCCCCUCCGCAGGCCGUAGCCGGCUACAGACCGUCCGCCACCGACAAGCACCGCGCCCGCCCGCCCCCCGCCAGCGAGAUGGAGAAGAAGCUGCAGAGCCUGUGGGAGGCCGCGCUGGGGCUCGCUACCGGCUCCGUCAGCGCUAGCGAUAGCUUCUUCGGCAUCGGCGGCGACUCGCUGACGGCGAUGCGGCUCGUCGGCGCCGCGCGCGCCCACCGCAUCGCCCUGACCGUGCUCGACGUGUUCGCGAAGCCCGUGCUCGCCGACAUGGCGCUGGCGUGCGGCGGGCGCGCCACCGCUACCAGCGAGGCGCCGCCCACGUCGUUUGCGCUCGUGUCGCGGCCGCCCGACGAGGCUGAAGGGCUGAUGGCGCACGUGGCAGCGCAGUGCCGGCUCCGCCGGGACCAGAUCCGCGACGUGUACCCGUGCAGCCCACUCCAAGAAGGCCUCGUCACGCUCGCCAACAAGCAGGCCGGCGCCUACGUCGCCGUCCACACGCUCGAGCUGCCGGCCGAUGUCGACCUGGACCGCUUCAAGGCCGCGUGGCAGGCCGUCGUCGACGACACGGACACGCUGCGCACGCGCAUCGUGCACUCGGCGGCGGCGGGGUUCUUGCAGGCCGUGGCCGCGCCGGAGCCCAUCGAGUGGCAUUCCGAGGUCGCGGUGGGCGACGCCGUCGACAAGGGGCGGGCGCUCGGCGCACAGAACGGCGGCCGGCUGACGCGGUAUGCGCUGGUCGACCGCGGCGGCGGCGGUGGCGGCGGCGGCGGCGGCGGCUGGUGCUUUGUCUGGGCCAUCCACCACGCCCUCUACGACGGCUGGAGCUUGCCCAUGGUGGCCCGGCGCGUUCAGGACGUGUACGGCGAGCUCGGGUUGCCGCGGACCGCGGUGACGGCUAGCCCGCCGCGCCCCUCGUACGCCAGCUUCAUCCGGUACCUCGGCCGGCGGGACGUUGCCGCGUCGGAAAAGUUCUGGAUCGAGUACCUCGACGGCGCGUCUGCCGCCGGCCACUUCCCACCGCUGACGCGCGCUCCCGGCGGCGACGCCCCCAAGUUUUUGUCCGAGACGCGCCACAUCAGCGUCAGCCGCGGCGCCGCGCCCGACGUCACGGUCCCGACGCUGAUCCGCGCGGCGUGGGCGCUGGUGCUGGCCGCGUACACGGCGACGGACGACGUCGUGUUCGGCGAGACGCUGUCGGGGCGCAACGUCGACGUGCCCGGCGUCGCCGACAUGGCCGGGCCGACCUUCACGACGGUGCCCACGCGCGUGCGCCUCGCCCGCGACACUAGCGUGGCCGACUACCUGCGCGGCCUGCACCGCACCGCCAACCAGGCCCUCGUGCCGCACCAGCACCUCGGCCUGCAGCACAUCAAGCGGCUGGGCGCCGACGCCGACAGCGCCUGCGCCUUCCAGAACCUGCUGACCGUCCAGGCGGCAGCCCGGGAGACACAGGCGGAAGACGCCGAGUGGGACUUCCGCGGCGCGUCGUCGUCAUCGUCGUCGUCGUCGUCGUCGUCCGAGGGCUUCUUCACGCACCCGCUCGUGCUCGAGUGCCACGUCAGCGAGACCAGCGUGGCGGCGACCUUCCACCACGACGCCGCCGUGCUCUCCGAGUGGCAGGCCGGGCUGCUCGCGAACCAGUUCGCCGCCGUGCUGCGCCAGCUAGCCUCUUCAUCGUGGUCGUCGUCCAUAUCCACGCUGGCCGACAUCCACGUCGCCAGCGCCGACGACACCUCCCUCGUCGCGCGCUGGGCAUCCGUCACGGACCCCGCCUCUGCAGCCGUCGAGUCCUGCAUCCACGGGCUGUUCCUCGCGCAGGCGUCCGCCUCCCCGGCCCGCGCCGCUGUGUGCGCGUGGGACGGCUCGCUCACGUACGGCGAAGUCGCCUCGCACGCCACACGCGUCGCCGCGCGCUUGGCGGCAGACGGCGUGCGCCCCGGCGCGCUCGUGCCCGUCUGUCUCGCGCGCUCGGCGUGGACGCCCGUCGUGCUGCUGGGCGUGUUGAUGGCCGGCGCCGCGUUCGUGCCGCUCGACGCCGCGCACCCGACCGCGCGGCAGACGGAGAUGCUGGCCGAACUCGCGCCGGUGUGCGUUGUCUGCAGCCCGGAGCACGCUGCCCGGUUUGCGGGGACGUGUGUGACUGUGGCGCUUGACGGGGAAAUCAUCCACGGCCUUGGCGCCGCGAACAAGGGCGGCGCUGCCGUUGCCCUGCCAACGGUCCUCCCCAGCGCGACGGCAUACGUCCUCUUCACCUCGGGCAGCACCGGGCGGCCGAAGGGCGUGGUCGCCGCGCACCGCGACUUCUGCAGCAGCUCUGCGGCCAUCGCGGAAGCCACAAACAUGCGCGCCACGUCCCGCGUGCUGCACUUCGCGUCGCUGACCUUCGACGCCGCGCUGAUGGAGGUGCUAAUCCCCCUGACGCUCGGCGCGUGCGUGUGCGUGCCGGGCGCAGACGAGCGGCUUCACGAUCUCGGCAGCGCCGUCGUGAGACUCAGAGCGAACUGGGCGUUCCUCACGCCGUCGGUCGCGCGCCUGCUGGACCCCGACGUGGUGUGUCCGACGCUCGCGACGCUCGUGUGCGGCGGCGAGGCCAUGCUCGCCGACACGGUCGCGCGCUGGGCGCCCCGGCUGUCCCUGAUGAACGGCUACGGGCCGACCGAGGCGUGCGUGCUGGCCGUCGUCAACGCGCGCGUGUCGGCCGAGCGCGACCAUGCCGCCAUUGGCCACGCGACGGCGGCCGCGCGCACGUGGGUGAUUGAUGCCAGGCCGGGGUAUGGCGACAGGCUGGCUCCCGUGGGCGCGGUCGGCGAGCUGGCGGUCAGCGGGCCCAUCCUCGCGCGCGGGUACCUGGGCGACGCAGCCAAGACGGCGAGCGUGUUUGUCGAGGCCCCGGCGUGGGCGGCGAGGCUUGCGGAGGGCGUGGCGCCGGAGCGCGUAUAUCGCACGGGCGACCUCGUGCGGUACCGCUGUGAUGGCGCCAUGGAGUUCGUCGGCCGCCGCGACGGCCAGGUCAAGGUCAACGGGCAGCGCAUCGAGCUAGGCGAGAUCGAGAGCCGGCUGUCAGCUGAUCCGAGUGUUGACUUAGGGCUAGUGCUGCAGCCGCAGACAGGCCCUGCGAAGAAGCAGCUCGUUAGUGUUGUUACCCUGCCAGAUGCUGUUGCGGUGACUGCUGCUGGGGGCAGUGGUGCAGCGGAGCCAGUGACCAUCGUGUCUGACACGGGCGCUGGCGCCCGUGCCGGCAGCGGCAGCGGAAGCGGCAGCGGCUGCGUACCAGUCGACAGCCCGCCGGCGCGCCUCGCCCGUGCGCGCGCCGAGGUGGCGGCCAUCCGCAGCCGCCUGGCCGACACGCUGCCGCACUACAUGGUCCCCGCCGUGUGGGUCGUGCUCGAGACGAUGCCCGUGGUCGUGUCGGGCAAGCUGGACCGCCGGCGCGUGGCGGGCUGGGUCGAGGGCCUCGACGAUGCCGCGUACCAGCGCUUGGCCAGUAGCUUUGGCGUCGGCGACGAGGGUGCCGACGUGCAGCUCUCGGAGCCGGCCAGGAUACUGCGGGAUAUCUGGGCCAGGGAGCUGCAUGUUCCUGUCGAUCGCAUCAAAUCUAACCAGGCGUUCCUGGGUCUCGGUGGCGACAGCAUCCGAGCCAUGGGCGUCGUGUCGCGCGCGCGCAACGCCAAGAUCGGCGUGACCAUCCAGGACGUGCUGCGGUGCAAGUCGGUCGUGCAUCUUGCCCAGCUCGCCCGCGUGUCGCCGGCUGCGAGUAAAGCAGUGGCGGCCGACACCGAGGAGCCGUUCGCGCUGGCCCCGAUCCAGAGCCUCUACUUCAGCUCCGCCGCGGGCCACGCCGGUCAGGCCCGCUUCAACCAGAGCUUUGCCCUCGGCGUCGCGCGGCGAGUCGGCGUCGACGCGAUUACGCAGGCCCUGGAUUCCAUCGUCCGCCGCCAUGCCAUGCUUCGCGCGCGAUUCACCAAGGAUAAGGAUGGGCAGUGGGUGCAGCGGAUUGUAAAGGUGCGUCUGUUUUCCUUCUAG